AUGGGCUCCACACAGAACGAAAAGACAUCCACGGGUGUCACACAGGACGCGGCCGAGUCGAUUGAGCGCGACCCGUCGGUCAUUGACGAGGCGGCGCUUUUCGCCAGCCCACUGCCCAUCACGGGCGAACGCAAGGUCACCACCAGAAGGGAGAUAUGGUCGUGGUACCUCUACUAUGUGGGCAACUGUGGUCUUGGCCCCUUCAACUUUGCCAUUAGCGCCUGGCAGAACUUGCUCUACCUCGCGGGCUGGGACCCGUCCGUUCCCGGUCGCGGCACGCCAUGCGGUGCCGGAGACUGCAGCCUCGUCGCGUAUGGCAGCGAGCGGUCCAUCAACUCUAUUGUGCUCAUCACCAACGGGUUGUCGUUUGCCAUCCAGGCCGUGCUCUUCCUCAUUGUCGGCUCGUUUGCAGACUAUGGCACCUGGCGUCCACAUAUCACGACGGCGUUCACGUUCCUGGCAUGGGGUGUAAGCUUUGGCUGGCUGGGCGUGACCAGCCCGUCCAAGUGGCAGGCCGGCACGGCGCUCUACAUCCUCGGCCUGAUCGGCUACCAAGGUGCGCUUACAUUCUGGACGGCGGCGUUCCCGGGCCUCGCACGUGAUCUCCCAGAGAUCCAAGAGAGCGAAGAGGAGCUGCGGGCCGGUACGAUCGACCAGGCAACGCACGACAAGCGGGACAUGCUGGCGCGCAACCGCCUCGCCAACGUGUCCUUCUUCGUGUGCUCGGUGGGAGAGCUGGUGAUCCUCGCGAUCCUCUGUGGCAUCCUCGCCGGGGUGGUCGGCCGAGCGUCCGAUCCCAACAACUCGAUGGCCUUUUCCAUCGUGUGCGCGUACAGCGCUGCUGCAUGGAUCGUCUGUGCCAUCCCGUGGUUCAUGUGGGAGCAAUACCGCCCAGGCCACAAGCUGCCUCCGCACACGUCGUAUGUGACCGCUGGUGUCAAACAGCUGUAUCACGCCUUUCGCCUCUGCCUCAGACUCAAGCAGACGUUCAUUUACCUGGCGGCUUAUUUCCUUCUUGGAGACACUUUAAACACCUUGGUGACGGUCAUUGCGACCUUGCAGAACGAGGUUGCAGAGUUCGACCCCAAGACGCUCAACUAUCUGCUCAUCGACGGCAUCGCCGCCCAGGCCUUGGGCAUUGGGGUCUUCUGGUUGAUCCAGAAAAGGUUUACGGUUCCUACAAAGACCAUGCUGCUUGUGAAUGGGUUUUUCAUCCUCGUCCUCGCCGCUUGGGGCUGUAUCGGUAUCACCAAGAGUAACUUUGGAUUCAAGAAAGUAUACGAAUUCUGGAUGUACCAAGCGUACUAUGGUAUCUUUGUCUGCCCGUGGUACGCCGUCUCCCAGGCCAUGAUCUCGGAGGUGGUCCCCCGCGGCAAGGAGUUUCUGUUCUUUGCAGUCUUCUCGGUCAUUGGCAAGACCAGCUCCUUUAUCGGCCCGUUCGUGUCGUCUGCCAUCAUCGAUCGUUCGGGCAACAACAACAUGCCGUUUACGUUCCUGCUGGCCCUUGGUGCCCUCGCCAUGGUCAUUCUGUUCAUGGUCAAUGUCGACAAGAGCAGGGUGGAGUGUCGCAAGUAUCUCGACGACGAAGCGGUUCGUAUCUACAAGCUGUCCGCGCUUCAUUCCGACUCGACCAUCCAGUCAAGCCAUGGCGGUAGUGUCAUAGAGAACGAAAAGGUUGUACGAUCCGUCUAG